AUGUAUGUCAAACCUGAACAACUUAGAUACAUUGGAACACCUUUGAGUGUGCAUCAUUUUCGUGUAGGUGAUUAUUUGGAUAUAACUGCAAGAACCAUUAAUCGUGGAUUUCAAGGGGUUAUUGAACGUUGGGGAAUGAAAGGUGGACCUGCUGCUCAUGGUUCUACUAAAUUUCAUCGUAGAAUGGGAAGUGCCGCAGGAUGUGGAGGAGUAAUUCAUCGAGGCAAACGUAUGGCAGGUGUUAUGGGUAAUCGAUUCAGAAAUUUGCGUGGUGUAAUGAUUGUGAGAAUUAAUCCGAAACUUGGCCUUAUAUAUGUACCAGGUACAACACCGGGGCCUGUACAUUCCUACUGUCUUUUGAAUGAUUCUUGGUUAAUAAAUCGUCGAUCUCAACUAAAUGCUAAUCCGCCACCUGUUCCAACAUAUCUUCCUCCUUCUGUGGAUGAAACUAUUUCAAAUCAACUCGAUCUAAGCUUGUGCCUUGAUGUUGAUGAUGAUUUUGAGCAAGAUAUUUACCAUGAAUCAAUUCAUCCAAGUUAUUGUCCUUCCAUAUCUUAUUCAGAAGAUACUAUGUGA